AGGAUUGAAAUAAUGGCGCGUGUGGUGAAUUUGUCGUUGUUGUCAUAGAGUGUGGGAGGUUAAACUGCGAAUAAAACAUAAGUUGUACGCACACAUUGGCUUGUGUUUUUGGAAGCGGGUUGCCCCAUCGCCGCCGUACAUUUGUUUAAGGCAUCUCCCACACGAGAGACGACAGAAGCUUUUAUUCGCAGUCAGGCGACUGGCGACAUUGUUUUGGAACAACACCCUGGUGAGUGGAUCGAUAUUGCCUGGACGACAUGAUGCACCAUUCGCCCAGAAGGAGUCCCCGACUGAACGAGGGACAGAAUAUCGCACCGCAAGUAGAUGGCAGCGUUUUGGCCCCGCAAGCGUCGCAAGCCGGCGGCCGAGGCAGUGAAGCCCCGGCGUCAUCAGCGCAGCUGGCAGCAUCUGGAGCCACCAGGAAACCGAAGGUGGCCGACCUCAUGGAUAGGAUCGCCGAGUUGGAGAAGGAGUUGGAACGCGCUCGCAGCGCUAAUAUGGAACGCACUGACCCCGGUAUGUCGAGUGAGGUUGGGGUAGGUCAGCCGCCAUUUGCAAUCGGCCUGACCGUACCCAACGCAACAAGUGUUUAUCCGCCAUCCUGGAGCGGACCUCAAACGGUACCGUGUUCGCAGAACUGUACCACGAGGAUAAAUCACGCAUCGCCAUUUUGCGCUACCGGCACUACUGUUCCAGCGCAUGGUUUCGGGCUGCAAAAUGAAGUGGCCGGCGGAACGUCGGUACGUGCGCCUUCCCCUGGAGACGGUGCUUGGGCGACGAGCAUUGGAGGAACUGCACGCUGGGCGCCACGAAAGCUUCCUGAACUGCCUAGGUUCGGAGGGAAGCCAGAGGACUGGCCCAUUUUCUACUGCGCGUUUACGGAGACGACGCAAGCGUAUGGUUGUACGGACUUGGAGAACAACCUAAGGCUACUGAAGGCGUUAAAUGACGACGCGCGUGAGACGGUGAAGUCGUUGUUGAUUCACCCCAGCAAUGCGAAUGCAGCGGUGGAGCAGCUGCGAUUCAGAUACGGCCGACCGGAGCAGCUAAUACGCAGCCAGCUCAACAGCAUUCGAGAUGUGCCUGCAAUUACGGAGCACAACCUGGGAAAGCUCGUCGCAUUCGCCACCCAUGUCAGCAACCUCAAGGCUUUCCUACAGUCAGCGAAGGCGGAGCAGCACCUGGGUAACCCUAUGCUGAUGGAAGAACUUGUGGCCAAGCUCCCAAUAAGCAAACGUGUGGUCUGGGCAAGGCACGCUGCAACCAUUCAGCCCUAUCCGACGAUUGUGGACUUCAGUUCGUGGUUGAUGGAACUAGCCAACGUGGUCUGCUUGGUGGCGGACAUUGAUGGAAGGGAGCCAAGGCGUCGAUUGCUUCAUGCCAGCGUCGACCGAGAGCAGGACGAGCAACAGGAGAGCUGCCGCAGGAAUUGUCCAAUUUGUGAAGGCCUUGGACAACAUGCAGUUCGGGACUGCCAACGAUUCAUUGGAGCCACACCUACAGAGAGGUGGAAACUCGCAAGAAGACAUCCCCUAUGCUUCAUGUGCUUGGAAAGUGGGCAUAUGACUGGAUCCUGCGCUGCGUCAGGAGAGUGCCCCGUGAACGGAUGCAGGAGGAAGCAUCACCGUCUUCUUCAUGAGGAAAACUAUGAAGGCUUCAGGAGACCGCCACAGCGAGGCGGCAAUUGGAGAGGCUACAACCGGCAGGCAGCCGGACCGAGGGAAGGCGUCCAAGUAAACGAAGGAGCAGCCUCAUCCGUGGAUGCCUCUGCGACACCGGAGACAAAUUUGAGCUGUGUCGACGAGGACCGAGAACGACUUCUGUUCCGUGUAUUGCCGGUGACGCUAUACGGAGGUGGGAAGCAGGUGGAUACGUACGCUCUUCUGGAUGAAGGUUCUUCGGUGACGAUGGUCGACAACGAGCUGGUUGCAGAGCUAGGCGUACAAGGAGUACGUCGUCAGCUGAACGUUCAAUGGUUCGGAGGCAGGGCCACAAGAGAGCCUACUAACGUGGUACGUCUGGAGAUCAGUGGAGCAGGCAAGUCCUCCCGACAUGUGCUGAGAAACGUCUAUGCCAUUUCGAGCUUGAGUCUGCCGAUGCAGAGCCUGCACAGAAGGGAUGUCAGGAGCGUAAACAAGGACGCUCGACUACCGAUGAAGCCCUACGUAAAUGCAGUGCCGAAGCUGCUUAUUGGUUUGGACCAUGGGCAUCUAGGACUGCCAUUGAAAACGAGACGGUUUGCCAGCGAGGGACCGUACGCGGCCGCAACCGAAUUAGGAUGGGUUGUUUUUGGGCCUGUGGAAGGACGACGAGACACGCCAUCACCAAGGUCUUGUCUGCUAGCCACGUCGUUGGAUGAUAACGUGGAACGGAUCGUCGAGGACAACUUCGAGAUCGAGAACUUCGGUAUGAAGGCGGCGCCAGCGGCCGCAGCCAGCGAUGACGUGAGGGCUCAGAAGAUCCUGGAGGACACAACGGUGCGAGUUGGCCGCCGAUACCAGACGGGAUUGUUGUGGAAAACUGAUAACAUUGUGCUGCCACGUAGCUAUGAUAUGGCGUACAAUAGAUUGGUCAACAUAGAAAAGAAAAUAAAGCGAGAUGGGCAGUUCGCCCAAGAAUAUUCCCGGAUUGUUAAAGAUUAUGUCGACAAGGGAUACGCUCGGCGUCUGGAACGACAGGAGAUCGAUUCGGAAACCCAUAGAACAUGGUACUUGCCGCAUUUUGGAGUGGAGAAUCCCAACAAGCCAGGGAAGAUCCGAUUAGUAUUCGACGCAGCGGCACGAGUUGGAGGAGUGUCACUGAAUUCUGCGCUGAGCAAGGGGCCGCAACACUAUAAGGCCUUGGCAUCUAUCCUCUUCCACUUUAGGGAAGGUGCCGUCGGAGUCUGCAGCGACAUUAAGGAAAUGUUUCACCAGGUGCUGAUCCGACCCGAGGAUAGAUGUGCGCAACGCUUUCUGUGGAGAGAUGGGAAUGACCAACGGGACCCCGACGUCUACGAGAUGUGCGUGAUGACCUUUGGAGCAGCAUGCUCACCGAGUGCGGCGCAUCAUGUGAAGACAGUGAAUGCCAAGCGAUUCCUGGAUUCGGAUCCCAGAGCAGUCAAGGCCAUCGUGGACUACCACUACGUGGAUGACUAUGUGGACAGCUUCGCCACAGAGAGCGAGGCGAUCGAAGUAUCUAGCAGAGUGAAGAAGAUACAUGCGGAAGGCGGGUUUGAGCUUUGCAAGUUCUCGUCCAGUUCGCCUACAGUGGAGAGGAUGCUUGGACCCAGUGAUCACGCCCAGAGUGUUGGAUGGGGUGAGGCCGAGCAAAAGAUUUUGGGAAUGCGGUGGCAGCCAGCCACGGACGACUUCAGGUUUCGAGUGAAGUACCACAAAGUCGCCCCCGUCGUGUCCGAUGGGAAGAGAAUUGCCACGAAAAGGGAAUUCUUGAGCAUGGUCAUGUCAACGUUUGACCCCUUGGGAUUCCUGUGUUGUCUAAUGAUAACAGCGAAGUUGUUGCUGCGAGAGGUCUGGAGGAGGAAGAUCUCAUGGGAUGAACCACUACCGGCUGAGAUGUACAACGCCUUUAUGGACUGGCGUAAAGAGAUGGAGAAAGUGGAACGUUUUCGGCGCUACAAGCAGUUCGUAGGGAACAGAGUAGCCGAGAUUCUGGAGUCGACGAAGGUGGCCCAAUGGAGAUGGCUACCAUCCGCCGACAACGUGGCAGAUGAUGCAACUCGAGCGCAACGCAGCGUGGACCUAAGCGAGGAGUCACGCUGGUUAAGAGGACCGGCAUUCCUGAGGAGACCAGCGGGCAGCUGGCCAGGAACUGCACCCACCGACGAAGCGGAUGCAGAAGACGAAGAGGAGAUGCCGGGUGAGUUCGUGCUUGUUGGCGCGAGUGAUCCGUUUAUACCGCUGGAGAGAUUCUCAAGCUACAGGCGAUUGCUGAGGACUACGGCCUGGGUCCUAAGAUUCAUACGUCGAUGCCGUGGACAACGAGAUGAGCUGGAGAACUACGGCCUCAAUGUAGCUGAGUGUGAAGCAGCUGAGGACUUGCUAUUCCGUAGAGCACAACGUGAGGCGUUCCCCGAUGAGGUGCAAGCCGCAGAGAAGGACUUGGACGUCGCUAAAGGAAGCGACAUAUGUGGACUGGCGCCAUACCUAGAUGGCAAUGGAAUCCUGCGAGCGUAUGGCAGGAUCGAUGCGGCGCUAUGUAUUCCAUACAGCGCCAGGAGGCCAGUGAUCCUCUCCCACCGGCACGGUCUCACGGAGAUGAUUGUGCGCGACGCCCACGUGAGGAUGAAGCAUCAAAACGUGGAUGCUACGAUGGCGGAGAUCCGGACCAGGUUCUGGAUUACGAGACUGCGGAGAGUGCUUCGUAGUGUGAUCUCGGGAUGCAGCGAGUGUAAGCUGCACAGAGCACGGCCGAUGCCGCCGAUUAUGGGACCCCUGCCAGAUGAUCGUUUGGACGCCUAUGGCUGGCCGUUUAAGAGCACAGGCCUCGACUACUUUGGGCCGCUGCUAGUGACCGUUGCUCGGCACCAGGAGAAACGGUGGGUGGCCUUGUUUACGUGCCUGACGACCAGGGCGAUUCAUCUGGAACUGGCACAUGACCUGUCGACUGAUUCCUGCAUACUUGCAAUCAGGAAUUUCAUGUGCCGUCGAGGGCCUGUACAUAGACUGCGCAGCGACAAUGGCAGGAACUUCGUUGGAGCAUACAGAGAGACCAAGAGAUUUGCGGAGAUCUUCGAACCCGAGAGGAUCCAGUCGGAGCUGUCAAGCAAGGGAAUUGAGUGGAUCUUCAACUGCCCAGCGAACCCAUCAGAGGGUGGAGUCUGGGAGCGAAUGGUGCAGUGCGUGAAGAGGGUGCUACGCCACACAGUGAAGGAAGUGGCGCCGAAGGAGCACGUCCUGGAGAGUUUCCUAAUAGAGGCGGAGAACAUCGUUAAUUCUCGUCCGCUCACCCAUUUGCCAGUGAGUGCGGACCAGGAAGCCCCUCUCACGCCCAACGAUCUCCUCAAGGGAGCAGCUUGCCCACCGGAUACCCCCGGCCUGGAUGGAGGCCUCGUCAAGGAAGGAGCUACGCGGAAGCAGUGGCGCGUGGCAAGGAUGUUGAGGGACCGAUUCUGGAGGAGGUGGGUCUUGGAGUACCUACUCACGCUGACACGGAGAGAGAAGUGGUGCCGCAGAGAGAAGCCGAUUCAACGAGGAGACAUCGUCUUCGUUUGCGAUCCAGCCAUUCCGCGUCGAGACUGGCGGAAAGGCGUCGUGGAGGAGACCUUUGCUGGAACGGAUGGUGAGGUCAGACGAGCCCGCAUUAGGAUCAUGGAUGGAGAUCGGACCCGCUGGAUAAUGCGCCCCGCUUCAAAGUUGGCGGCUUUGGAUUUGAGUGAAGAAGUUCUUCACGGAGGUGGGGAUGUCGCGGAUCGAUUAUCGAUAGUUAGUAUUUAAGUAGAAUUUUGUUAUUGUGCACUCGUGAAGAGAUUGGGCACACUAGGAUUGAAAUAAUGGCGCGUGUGGUGAAUUUGUCGUUGUUGUCAUAGAGUGUGGGAGGUUAAACUGCGAAUAAAACAUAAGUUGUACGCACACAUUGGCUUGUGUUUUUGGAAGCGGGUUGCCCCAUCGCCGCCGUACAUUUGUUUAAGGCAUCUCCCACACGAGAGACGACAUUAUUA